GCGGAGGCCGGCCGGGGGGUGUGGAAAAUAAAAGGAAAAGUCCCCGCACCAUGUAGCCCCGCGCCCCGCUGCGCCCCCGGCCGGCUGCGGCCAUGAACGCGAGCGGCGAGGGCGCGAGCUUCCCCGGCGCGGUGCAGAUUCCAGGUGGCACCACGGUGCUGGUGGAGCUGACCCCUGACCUCCACAUCUGCGGCAUCUGCAAGCAGCAGUUUAACAACCUGGAUGCCUUUGUUGCUCACAAGCAAAGUGGCUGCCAGCUGAGUAGCACCGCAGGGCCGACCCCCAGCACGGUCCAGUUUGUGUCGGAGGAAACGGUGCCUGCCACCCAGACGCACACCACCACCAGGACCAUCACCUCGGAGACCCAGACCAUCACAGUUUCAGCUCCAGAAUUUGUUUUUGAACACGGUUAUCAAACUUACCUCCCCACGGAAAGCAAUGAAAAUCAAACAGCCACGGUCAUCUCUCUGCCCGCCAAGUCACGUGCCAAAAAGCCCACGGCGCCACCUGCUCAGAAAAGGCUUAAUUGCUGCUAUCCAGGUUGCCAAUUCAAGACUGCUUAUGGCAUGAAAGACAUGGAGCGCCACUUAAAAAUUCACACUGGCGACAAGCCCCACAAGUGUGAGGUCUGCGGCAAGUGCUUCAGCAGGAAGGACAAACUGAAGACGCACAUGCGGUGCCACACGGGCGUGAAGCCCUACAAGUGCAAGACGUGCGACUACGCGGCGGCCGACAGCAGCAGCCUCAACAAGCACCUGCGGAUCCACUCAGACGAGCGGCCCUUCAAGUGCCAGAUCUGCCCCUACGCCAGCCGCAACUCCAGCCAGCUCACCGUCCACCUCCGCUCGCACACAGCCUCAGAACUCGAUAACGAUGUUCCAAAACCAAAACCACCUUGUCCCCCCACGGCUGGCAGUGACACCCAGAAAGCCCCCAUCACGGCUCCUUCCUCGGAAUCCAGGGAACCAACAGCGACCCUUGGAGAGAGGACAUUCAACUGUUGCUACCCAGGUUGUCACUUCAAAACUGUCCAUGGCAUGAAAGAUCUCGACCGCCACCUGCGGAUCCACACGGGAGACAAACCACACAAAUGUGAGUUCUGUGACAAGUGCUUCAGCCGGAAGGACAACCUGACGAUGCACAUGCGGUGCCACACCAGCGUGAAGCCCCACAAGUGCCACCUAUGUGACUACGCGGCCGUGGACAGCAGCAGCCUCAAGAAGCACCUGCGGAUCCACUCGGAUGAGCGGCCGUACAAGUGCCAGCUGUGCCCCUAUGCCAGCCGCAACUCCAGCCAGCUCACCGUCCACCUCCGCUCGCACACAGGGGACACCCCCUUCCAGUGCUGGCUCUGUAGCGCCAAGUUCAAAAUCAGCUCGGACUUGAAAAGGCACAUGAUCGUGCACUCGGGGGAGAAGCCCUUCAAGUGCGAGUUCUGUGACGUGCGCUGCACCAUGAAGGCGAACCUCAAGUCUCACAUCCGCAUCAAGCACACCUUCAAGUGCCUGCACUGCACCUUCCAGGGCCAGGACCGCGCCGACCUGCUGGAGCACAGCCGGCUGCACCAGGCCGACCACCCGGAGAAGUGCCCGGAGUGCAGCUACUCCUGCUCCAGCGCGGCUGCGCUGCGGGUGCACAGCCGGGUGCACUGCAAGGACCGCCCGUUCAAGUGCGACUUCUGCAGCUUCGACACCAAGCGGCCCAGCAGCCUGGCCAAGCACAUUGACAAGGUGCACAAGGACGAGGCCAAAACGGAGAACCGGGCCCCGCAGGGCAGAGAAGGGCCGCGGGAGGGAGGCUCCCAGCACGUGGCCAAAAUUGUGACCCAGCGGGCCUUCCGCUGUGACAUCUGCGGCGCCUCCUUCGUCAGGGACGACUCUCUGCGUUGCCAUAAGAAGCAGCACAGUGACCAGAGCGAGAGCAAGAACUCGGACCUGGUCACUUUCCCCCCCGAAAGCAGCGCCCCCGCGCAGCUGGGCCCCCUGGUCUCCGUGGGGCAGCUGGAGGCAUCCCUGGAGCCCAGCCAGUGCCUCUAGCUCAGCCGGAGCCCUGGCGCUGUGGGGAACUGUGGGCAGAUAACCUUACUGCCCCUCUGGGGAGGCGCCAGGCCAGACUCGUGGCCACCCUGGCCUCCAGGGCGCUGCACCUGGUGCAUCCUCUGGGGCGGUGGCCACAGGCACAGGACAGCCGUCUCCAAGGGGACAUAGUCCCUCCGGUUUGCAGGACGGGGAUUUCCUUGGCACCCCCUUUAUCCAGAAAGGAUCGCUCCCUGUGGACCCCAUCCAUUUCCAAAACUGAGCGUCUCUGCUGGAAUGAAGCCACAGGGGAGACCCCGCCAAAUUGGGGGCUCCCCGCACCCAGGGCCUGGGGGCACAGACAAGGUCUGUUGCAAACCUGGGUGGGGGGAAGAGCAUUUGUCUUACACAUUUUUGUGUGGUUCCUUUUAUCUGUUGUCUUAUAAUAAGAAGGCGCGCUCGUUUGUGGAAUGAUACAGGAGGGACGCUCGCAGGUCACGGCCUGGGAGCCUCCAUCCCUGCCUGCAGAGGCUCCAUCCCGGCCUGCAGAGUCGGGGCGUUUAGAGCCUGUGCUGCCAGGUUUGGUCUGCAGGUGGCGCCAAAGAUUAAGCUAACGCCGGCUCAGCCUGCAACAACGUCGUGAAAUUUCUGCACAAACAGGACCCGGGUCUCCACCCGCCCCGGCUUCUGGGACACGGGAUGUGGGAGGCCAGCGCCUUCACCCCACUAAGAAUUGGUGUUUGCUGAGCCAACAAACAAAUGAGAGCCCACACCUCUUGUGAAUGUACAUUUUAGUUGAUCAAGACUUAGGCAAUGGAAUGCCAGUGGGGAUAUAAUUUAUCCCAAGUGGCUUUGUUUGUUCUACUUUGGCAUCUUUUCUUCAAAUACAUCGUUUGUUGAAUACAAAUUCUUGUGUGCCCUCAACACAUUCUAAGUAUCUGUGCUUUUAAAAUGGAUUCGAGAUUCAUUGUUUCGGUACACUAGAAAAGGAAGUGAAAAUUUUUUUGUAGAUCAUAUACAGGAGAGUAUUUCAUUUAUGGAAGAAAUAGCCAGAGACACCUACCUUAAAACAUGUAUUUUGCUGUGUGAACAAAUUUGACUCCAUUUAAUGUUGACUUCCAGGGGGUGAUGACACUGUCAGGUCUCUUUGUCGUAAGAAGACAAGGUGAAAAUGAAAGCAGAGACCCUUGAUGGAAUUAGUUGCAGCUUUGCAAGUAUCACUUUUUUCUUUAAGAUUUAUUUAUGUAUACAAGAGCAGGGGUGUAGGCCAGAGGUGCAGGAGGUGACAAGAUUCACCAGAGACAGAGUGGGGAGCAGAACAGGCGGAUCUACUGAAAUACACUGCUGAAGGGAGCAGCAGGUGAGUCAGGAGAGGUCUGCUGCGCCAUGUGGGUCAGCUCCCUGGCCGGGGAUCGAACUUGCUGCCGAUAGCUUCAUAGUGCUGAGACCAUGCACCACCAGGGAGGCCCCAGCAAGUAUCACUUUUGAUCAGGAAAUUGGCUACUGGGUGCCUGUGGGUUGUACAGAUCCUAGUGUCACCCCUACCUAUGUCAUUCAUCUUGUCAACAUUUCUGGGUUGGUACCAAAGGGUUGUUGACCUUCCAAGUGGUAACCCAUAGCUGGAAUUGGUACAAGUGUCUUGUGCCUGUGUUGGUACAGUCCUGGGGGUAACAGGAGAGAUCGCCGCCUUGUCAGGAGGCAUUUUUAGCAGCUGUAUGGACUUCAAGGAUCUUAGAUCCCUGUUGAACAAAGAUCAGCACAAAGUUUCACACCAGAUAUUAAAUAUUCAAGGCUACAUUGGGGGGCUAUUGCUCCUUAGGGACUACUCUAGUUCUAGCCCAAAAGCAGCCAGAGACUAAGGAAAAGCAAAUGUGUUCAUAUUCCAGUACAACUUAAAUUGCUCAGGAAGUAGGGCGCCCACUGCUAACCUCGGCUGGGAGACGAGACUUAAGGUGCAGGAAAUUCCCAAAUAAAACUGGGAAGCCGUUGUAGAGUGAAGCUGACGCAGUGCAAGAGAAGCCGAGAUUCACCACCAGCCUCUGCGGCGUCCUGACAUCUGCACGGGGAAACAAUGUUUGCAGGCCCUGGGCCACGGGGCGGUGUACUUUCUAGAUGUUUUAACAGUAAAUAAACUGCACCAAUAAAGCUUGAUUUACAAAAAAGCAGGCCAUGAUGGUGGAGGCCUGAGCUCAGUGAGCUCGAGCAACAGGGCGAUUGGUCAGUGGGGAUCUUGCAGGAAGAGAAAUGAUACUGAGCUUCCUGCACUGGUUCAAGGAAGGUGGUGCUUCCAGCAACAUAGAUGCUGGAGACGGGAAAAUGGGUGCUUUUGAUCCUUAUUGAGAUCAGCUAUAAGAUUUCCAGUGAAGAGUCUGGAAAUCAAAGCUGUAUCUCUGUAAGAGUCCUUGCCUUCUAAGAAUUAUAGAGUGUGAAUUUGUUCCUGCAGUUUCUUGCCUGAAGUGCCCAUCAACUUGGUGACCAGAGUCCUCCCUCCACACUGCCCUCUACUAAGGGUGUCCCCUGUGUGUACUCACUCCUCCUGGGUGCCAUUGAGGACGGAGAAGCUGACCUGGGAUUCAGGCAGGGCCGUGGGAGAGGCAGGCUGGAUCUUAUGUUUAAAAUUCUCACAUUUUCUUCAGGGUGGCUUCUUGCAUUACAUUAGGUUUGGGGAAAACUAUGAAAAUAUUUGCCUUAUUGGAUGAGAUGUGUGUGGAGGGAUUGCUUCCCUGUGUUCCUGCCUCUUGUUCAAAGGUGGAAAUAAAGCUUGAAGGUGAAGAAACUUUGAGACAGAGUUUCACACACAGGUCAGCUGAGACCACAGCACUUGCCUG